CCCCCCCCCUCCUCCUCCUCCCUCUUCACUUUCCUCGUCACCCUCUUCCCCAUCUCUGCCCCUGCCUUCCGCCCUCGCUGUCACCCCGCCCGUAUUCUUUGCCAGACAAAACAGACGAUCGCCGCGUACUCCCCCUCGCUGGUUCCUUUUCUUUCUCCUUCCCCGGUCGUGCCAUGCAGACGUCCGCCUUCUUGGUGAACACCCUGGCCGGGAGGGUUACGCCCCCGACCGGGGCUUCCUUCGUCGUUCAGCGGAUGCUGUCUCCGGCAUCGCUGAGCCGGCGCUCGGACAGCCAGCCGGCGGUCUUCCAUGCGCACCACAUCACCAAAAUCGAUGAGUCCCAGGAUGCCCCAAUCAGCAAGUACCUGGAGAAUGCCCCCCCGAUCCAGCAUCUGUCCCUCAGCGCCCCCUUCCCCCAGACCCUGGGCGAUGAAGGGUCACACCUGUAUGAGGCCCUGCUCAAGCACGCCUCGACACUGGAGUCGCUGAGUCUCCAGAAUUUCCACCUCGACCCGGUGCACCUCUCGGACCUGCUGGCGCGCCUGUCCCUGCGGAGGCUGCACCUGUCUGACUCCAUCACCUUCGACGAUGAGGCCAUGAAGCUGCUCGUGCCGGCCCUCGGCAAGUCCGCCUCUCUGUCCUUCCUGCGGUUGAAAUCCCUGCUUUUGACCGAAAACUCGGCGGACUCCGUGGCAGAGCUCCUGGCGCAAAAGCCCCUGAUUGCCGCCGAUCUGUCGGCUUUGAGCUUCGACAAUGCGGCCCCUCUGGCUGGCAUCGGACACUCGCUGGCCCAGGACACCUCCUCCCUCCGGGCGCUGCUGCUGAAGGGCUCCUCACUCGAUACCGACAUCACCAGCUCCAUCUUGACCGGGGUUGCGCGCAACCAGCGCCUGGUCCACCUGGACCUCUCGGACAACAAGUACACCUCGGCCACCCUGCCGGCGGUUUUGGAGGUGGUCAAGCAGAAUAACACCAUCCAGUCGCUGGAUAUGCGCUCCCCCUCGUGGCUUUUUGAGCUUAAUCACUCCAACCUCAUCAUGGAAGCCGUUGGCGCAAAUGAGGGCUCGCAGCUCUCCUCCUUCCUGCAGAACACCCACCCCGGGCUGGAGUUCCAUAACCUCCACCAAAACCGCAUGAGCAUGCAGGAGCAGAUCCUUGAAGGCUCGAACCUGAAUGCCAUGAACAUGUCCGUGGCACCGUCCAACAUGGCCAGCAUCCUGCGGACUAUUCGGCAGAUUGACGUGCCGACCCGGUCGCGAAACAUCCUCUCUGACAACCCGGUAUCCGAGGACUAUUGGUACAUGCGGGCCGUGACUCCGGAAGAUGUGGAGUAUCUGGAGCAUGCGGUGGCCACCGCCAACGAGAAUGUCACCCGGAGCCGGCACAUCUUUGACACCGAGGCGCCCUCCGCGCAAGAUGCCUCGCGUUCCAUCAAUUUGAAGAUUCGCCAGGCCGAUCUUGCGGCGGACACUGCCGCCGCGGAUCUGGCCCUACGCAGUGCCAUCCUCCGCCGGCAGAAUGUCGCCUUCCCGGAGAAUCUCUUUGCCUUCAACGCGCACCGAGGCCUGUUCAUGGCACAGGGGGUGGCCAAGGCCCGGGGGUUCGAGACGCUGACCACCUCCGAGUACUUUGCCUUCCUGUCGAGCAUCGAGUCGGACCUCUUCCCGAAGAUCCUGCCCCAGCGGCUGGCCGCCUUCACUCCGAAGCUCCUGUGGAAUUCGACGGUCUACAAUCUGUACCGGCACUCGUCGCGCAUGCCGCUGCAUCAUGCCCUGUAUUUGGGCAUGCGGGUGGUGCACUUUGCCCAGCCGGAGCUUCCCCUCCCGCUGGCCGAGUCCUUUGUCAAUUGGGACCAGCAAACCGCGCGCAAGUGGGUUGCAAGUGUGGUCGGCAGUGACUUUGCCACCUCCCUCGAGGGGGGCCUCCAGCUGCUGACCUUCGCCAUGAGCCAGGAUCGGAAUAUCUUGCAGCAGGAACCCACCACCCUGUCUAUGAAUCACCGGCCGCCGAUCUUCUCCAAGAAGGCCCUGGCCGAGUUCGAGAAGAAGGUCAAGUUCGAAACCAAUCGCCUGGCCGAGAUCGACACCCCCGGCGGGCAGAUGACCAUUUGCACCUGGCGCCGGCUGAACACGCACGGCGUGUCGGCCCUGGUGCAUCUGGGCCGUGAUGGGGCCCGGAAUGCGCUGAACAUGUCGCGCCCCGAGCGUCUGGACCUCCAGCGCCGGGAGAAGGCCCUCGUGGGAGCUGUCCGUGCCCUGAUCGCGUCCGAGUGCACCAGCGGCGUGCUGCCCAUGUGGGUGGCUGCCUUCCCGCUUUUCCACCCGCUGGCAUAUGUGGCCCAGCAUGUGAGUCAGACGGGCACGGUUCCGGCGACGGAGCAGCGCGGCGUCGCCAAGUGGGGCGACGAGUAGGGUGGAUUCUUUCUUUUUUUUUUGGCCAUGUGUAUACACGCUCGUUGCAUAUGUCCGUGUGUCCCUCUCAGCGCACGUACCCGGUGCCCACCUCUGGACUCGCCCAUGUGUCCCCUACAUGUGCAGCUCUGUGUAUCUAUUGUCGAUGCCCUGCAUGUGUGAGUGUGUUUGUGUGUAGGCCGGCCUCCGCGCAUGUGCCCCCCCCCCUCUCCCUGAUCGCCCGCCAGGCUGCGGGGGCGCUCGGCGUCUCUUGUCCUCCUUUCCCGUCCAUGUAUGCGUGGCUAGCCUCGUCUCGCCCCCCCCCC